AUGCAUCCAGCUAGACAAGCUUAUGUCGAGGAGUCUGCGGACACCGACAUGGGCAUCAACUAUGCCGAUCUCCGUGAGUCGCAACUUCAAAGAUCUCUCUUGGACAAUGCUAACGGAAGCUCAACUAUAGCGGUUGACCAUGACUAUGAAAUCCCCUCUUCCGCGGCGGGUAUUCCCACCGAGCGAGCGUCCGCUAUUCUAUCCCAGUUUGAACGUAAACGUCGAGCAGCGGCGAUGGUGGUGCCCACAGACGACGCCAAAGUGCGCGCACGGCUACGAGAGUUCGGCGAGCCCAUUACGCUAUUCGGCGAGGGUCCUUCAGAUCGGCGGGACCGUCUACGUGAACUAUUGACCGAUGUGGCGGAUAAGCAAGGCGAAGAUAUUGAAAUGGAAGAAGCCGAGCCGGAGAAUGAAGUUGAACAACAAGAAGAAUUCUACACAGAGGGCACUGAUGCCUUGUUUGAAGCGCGCAAGGAUAUUGCCCGUUACUCUUUACCUCGCGCCAAGGCUCGAAUCGCGCGACUGAAAGAAGAAUCGACAAUCCCACUCCGGACACACGUCAAACAUCGCAAAGCUGUUAAAGAGAAAUUGCAAGGAUUUGAACUGUAUGGGUCUCAAAUCGCGGGAGAUCGACCAGUCAGCAUUUGUCGGUUCUCACCGGAUGGGCAGACAGUCGCUGCUGGAAAUUGGAGCGGUGGUAUCAAGUUACUCACGGUGCCUAACUUGGAAGAAACAGCCAACUUCAAAGGCCAUACGGAUCGUGUGGGUGGAUUGGCAUGGUUCCCAGGUGCCACGCUUCCCAGUUCGAAUGUCUCGCCUUCAACGGUGAAUUUGAUUUCAGGAGGUGGCGAGGGAGAUAUCAACCUCUGGGCCCUUGAUCAAGAAAAGCCGCUCGCGACGCUAUCUGGCCACUCUGGGCGUGUCUGCCGUACAGAGUUCCAUCCCUCGGGUCGAUAUGCAGCUUCGGCAUCUUUCGAUACCACAUGGCGGCUGUGGGAUCUUGAAACGACACAAGAGCUGCUCCUGCAGGAGGGUCAUUCACGAGAAGUCUAUACCGUAGCAUUCAACAACGACGGUUCUCUUUUGGCCAGUGGUGGAUUCGACAGCAACGGACGUAUCUGGGAUCUGCGAACAGGACGCACGGUGAUGAUUCUUGAAGGCCACAUUCGCGAGAUUUACGGUAUGGACUGGGGUCAGGAUGGGUACCGGGUACUUUCUGGCUCUGGUGAUGGGUGGGUCAAAUGCUGGGACUUGCGUCAAGUGAGAAGUACUGGCGGAAUCGGUGCUCACAAGAGUGUGGUGUCUGACCUUCGCUGGUACAAGGGUGCAGAGUCAUCUUCAUUCUUGCCUUCCACCGAGGGAAACAUGGAUAUCGACGGUGCUGCAGCAACUAACACACCAGUUCAACCGAAGAAGUCGGGUACAUUCUUCGUCAGCAGUGGUUUCGAUAAGGAUGUCAAUAUCUACAGUGCGGACGACUGGUCACUGGUUAAGUCGUUGAGCGGUCAUUCAGGCAAUGUGUUGAGUGCGGAUAUUAGCGAUGACACCAAGUGGAUUGCUAGUUGUGGUCAUGACCGUACCGUGAAGCUGUGGGGAAUUGAAUGA